UCCGGUAAAACCAACAUUAUCACAAACGAACGCAUUAAUCGCAGUAGCAGUCUGUCACGACACAAACAACAACUAAUACGUUUUUGUCAGUGUUUUUUUUUUUUUUUUACACAGCGUUAUUACCUCUCCAUGCUGCUGUGCCGUGUUCUGGCCGUAAGCCGAACGCUAACGAGAUGUGCACGGAGGUCACACCGAGGAGGUGGCCUCCUCCACCGGUCUCUCUUCUGGAGCUCCAGCCGCUGUCAUGGCGUCUCUCCAGGCGAACCGGGCUCUGCUCAGGCACUGUACCGAGACACUGUGCUCCUUCCUCGGACAGAGUUCCCCAUGAAACUGACAGGGCAGACGCUGCUCGACAGAGAAGUCGAGAUUCAGGAGAAGUGUGGAUUUGCCGAUCUGUAUACCUGGCAGAGAGAGCGGAAGGCCAAGAAGGAGUUUUGCCUUCAUGACGGACCUCCGUAUGCCAAUGGAGACCCUCAUGUUGGACAUGCUCUCAACAAGAUCCUGAAAGACAUUCGUAACCGCUUUGAGAUGCUGAGAGGUCGCCAGGUCCAUUACAUCCCGGGCUGGGACUGUCACGGUCUGCCCAUCGAGCUGAAGGCUCUGGGUGGGCUUGGGACCAUGGACCUCAGCCCUCUGCAGAUCAGGCACAAAGCUCGCCAGUUUGCAGAAGAGGCCAUAGCGCGUCAGAAGGCAGCGUUCAAACGCUGGGGGGUGAUGGCUGACUGGGGCCAGUGCUAUUACACUUACGACGGACCUUAUGAGGCGGCUCAGCUGACGGUGUUCCAGGAAAUGCACAACAAGGGGCUCAUCUAUCAAGACUACAAGCCUGUUUUUUGGUCUCCUUCCUCAAGAACUGCCCUUGCAGAAGCAGAAUUGGAGUAUAACCCGGAGCAUGUGAGCAGAGCCAUCUAUGCCACAUUCCCACUGGUCACACUGCCACCAAAGAUGGCAUCAAAAGCAGAUCAGGCUGAUGUUUCUGUGUUGGUGUGGACCACGCAACCUUGGACCAUCCCCGCCAACCAGGCUGUCUGCUACAUGCCCAAUGCCCAGUAUUCUCUGGUGCGAAAGAAAGCUGACUCCCAGCUGCUCGUAAUGGCCACUGAACGAUCUGUCAGUAUGGCAGCAGUGUUGGGCACAGAACUGGAGACAGUCGCCACAUUUACUGGCUCAGAACUAAAGGGUGGCAUUUGCAAGCAUCCCACAAUACCCGACAAGGAAGUGCCUCUUUUGCCCGCCAAUCAUGUGACAAUGACGAAAGGAACCGGAUUGGUCCACACGGCACCAGCUCACGGCAUGGACGAUUACAGUGUGGCCUCUCAGUUUAAACUGCCUGUGGAGUGUAUGGUGGAUGAGGAUGGAAACUUCACAGAGCUGGCAGGUUCAGCGCUCCAGAAUCUGUCUGUGUUUAAAGAAGGCAAUGAAAAAGUGAUCUGCAUGCUGAGGGACUGUGGAGCUUUGGUGAAAGAGGAGAGUUGCAUCCAUAGUUACCCAUAUGACUGGAGGACUAAGCAGCCUGUUGUCAUCAGGCCUAGCAAACAGUGGUUCAUUAACACUGGUUCACUCAAGGACAAGGCGAAGGAAGCACUGCAAAAGGUCCGUGUUUUACCAGAGUCUGCACGGAGCAGCCUUCUGAGCAUGCUCGACAGGCGCACUUACUGGUGCAUCUCACGACAGCGCAGCUGGGGAGUCCCCAUCCCAGUAUUCUACCAAAAAGAGACCGGGGAGGCGCUUAUAAACAAACACACGGUGUCCCAUGUAGCAAAUCUCUUCAAGGAAAAAGGCAGUGAUUGUUGGUGGGAGCUUCCAAUUGACGCUUUGUUGCCUGCAGACGUGCUCAAAAAGAGUAAAGCAGGACCAGCGACUGACUAUGUCCGUGGAGAAGAUGUGCUUGACAUCUGGUUCGACAGUGGAGCAUCAUGGGCAGCAGUUCUAGAAGAGGAGCUGGAAGGAGACUCUGAGGAGCCAGAGUCCCGUCUUAGCUGGCUCCCAGCGUCACUACGCAAACCGCUGGUCACAGAGACCGACAGCAGGGCAGACAUGUACGUAGAAGGGAAGGACCAGAUCGGAGGCUGGUUUCAAUCGUCGCUGCUCACAAGCAUCGCCGUCAGGAACAAGGCACCUUACAAGUCACUGGUGGUCCAUGGCUUUGCUGUCAGCGAAAAGGGAGAGAAAAUGUCCAAGUCUGUUGGGAAUGUUGUCGAUCCUGAUACGGUCAUCAAUGGCGGGAAGGAUGCCAGCAUGCCAGCCUACGGGGCAGACGUGCUUCGGUGGUGGGUGGCCGAGUCCAACAUAUUUUCAGAGAUUCAGAUCGGACCCUCGGCUCUGAACUCGGCCCGGGAUAACAUCUACAAGCUCAGAAACACUUUGCGGUUUCUGCUCGGCAAUCUGCACGGCUUCGACCUGCAGACUCAGGCUGUGGACCCCAAGGAGAUGCUGUACAUAGACCAGUACAUGUUGCACCUGCUGCGCGAGUACAGCAUGAAGGUGACAGACGCUUACAACGAGUUUGAUGCUGGCCGAGUCGUACGCCUCCUUCAAGCCUUCGUCAACAGAGACUUGUCCAGUUUUUACUUCAGCAUCAUUAAAGACAGGUUGUACUGCGAUGCGAAGGACUCCUUAGGCAGAAGGUCCUGCCAGACGGCCUUGGAGGAGAUCCUGGACGGCGUAACAAGAUCCAUCGCUCCCAUCCUGCCUCAUCUGGCUGAGGAAGUCUACUGGCACGCACCAGGACAUGACAAAGAGGAGACCUUGUUCAGGAGCGGCUGGAUCAAAAGCAGCUCCGUGUGGAGGCGACCCGGCCUGGAGGAGGCGGUGGAGGGAGCGUGUGCCAUCAGGGACUCCUUCCUGUCUUCUGUUCCAGGCAAGAACUCUGCCCAGUUUGACCUCAGCAUCGCCAUUGAACCUGGUCUGCUGUUUGAGCUGAUGGAGUCUCUCCAAGAGGAGCCGUCUUCUACUUGCUCCCAGUUGGCUGAGCUCAUGAUGGCGGCUCGGGUCAACCUGAGUGGCGAGUUGCCUCGGGACCUUCCUCCUGAUGCGCUGCUGAGCCACGGCACCUUCCUCAUCAACCUGGAAGGUGGUGUAAUUCGUGAGGAAGGCAGCUACAACAUAGCCGCCGUGCCCACCUCUGCCAACCGAUGCCCUCGUUGUCGCCGCUACACUGCAGAGUCAGCGGACUGUUUGUGUUUACGCUGCCAGGCUGUCGUCUCACAAGCUUCAUAGUUGGGCUCGUCGCCAUGGAAACUCAAGGAAGGAUGACAGACUUGGUGCCAUGAUGUGGUUCCCUUCCAAUUCCUGCAGCCCGCCUAAGGGCGGGCACGGGGGGGAUGCUGAAUGGAGAAAUAAGACUCUAGAUGCUGUCAGGCGGUUUAAUGUAUUUAUGUUGGAAUGCUGUAAGGGCAGUU